GGCUUAUUCGUCACAUCCGGUGACGUCAAUGUAAUCAUGGCGGCACACAUAGCUCGAUGCUGUAUUUUUCUUUGCGGUAAUGUCCGAACUCGUUUCACCACGAUUCCGCAGCAAGUAAAACCAAGGCGUGUUCAGACUAAUCAACUUAACAACAUUCUCCAGCCGAACGCUGGUUAUGCAAACCGAGGGACCGAUAACAACCAGGGUGUUCAAGUACUCGUUCCAGUAGACCGUCUGACCGUGUCUUACAGUCGAAGCAGUGGUCCUGGUGGUCAGCAUGUCAAUAAAGUCAAUACGAAAACAGAGAUCAGAUUCCAUGUGUUAACUGCAGACUGGAUCCCAGAAGACGUGCGACAGAAAAUCAUGGAAAAGAACAAAAAUCGAACCAACAAGGCUGGCGAGUUGAUCGUGACCUCUGAGCUGAGCAGGAGCCAACACAGGAACUUCAAUGACUGCAUACAGAAGAUCUCAGCUGUCAUUGCAGAAGCUAGCGAGAAGCCACAUGAGGCAACGCCAGAAGAUAUUGCUCUAUGGAAAUCUAGGUUAGACAACAGAAACAAGGAGAGAAUCAGACAGAAGAAGAUCCAUUCUGCUACCAAACAGAGCAGGCGACUGGAGUUCGAUUAAUGUUCCAGCCCACCUUUAUAACGUCAACUUUAAUGUAUUUAUUCUAUUUUCUCUUUAAUAAAAUAGUUUUGAAAAAAAAA